AAAGUUUUUUGCAAUUCACUGGUAACUGUUUGCAUCUUCAAUCCCUGAUUCUCCCGACAUAGCUAAAGUUGAUGCAUCAGAUCUGCCGCAAAAUAGCUCUUAUUUUGCACGCUAUGAAGACCGACCCCGGCCACUUGCCGCGGGCUCCUCCGAAGCUGAUCUUCCUCGCCUGUUCGCCGCCUUACGGCAUCUGGAGUUCUGGACGGUGAACUUUAGCUAAAGCGUACUAGUAACAUUCUUCUAGUCAUACCGCAAAUCCAAAAACUCACUGUCAUGGCUUCGAUUGAUUUGGUCCAAAUGUGCCUUGAUUCUAUUCGCCAGAUUUCAGAUGACAUUGCAGACUCUGUCGUUUACCUUGAUGCUGGUUGUUUGGAAGCUUUCCAGUUCAUUUGCGCAUUUCCACUUUUUCUGGACCUUGGGGCCCUUUCUAUCUGCAGCUUGGAAAGUAUGUCUUCUGUAGACAGUACUGCACCUUGGAAUUUAAAUUUCAUUCCAGUAAAGAAGAUGGUAGUUAUUACAUCUCACCUUCUUAGUCAUGCACAUCGGUAUAUUUUGCGUUGCCUGGCCUCCCACCAGACAGUUCUUCAUUGUACUAUAUUUACGUCCAUCUCAGAGAUAGCCCACUCCGCCUAUGCUGAUUCACCCCUUGGCCCUGAUGCAUUUCAUGAAUAUGAGUCUUUGCUUGUCCAAGACUAUGAUGAGAUAAUGAUGGAAAGUAAGAAGAGUGAAAAUCAUUCAAAUCUAAAGAAUGAGACAGGACAGGCAGCAGAAGGAGAUCAUCUUGAUAUAUUGUCUGCUAAUGGUGAUUGUUCCUCACAGCUGGCUUCUAGGGUGGAUGAUGAUUUAAAUGCGGAGUCUGUUUCUGUUGAAAGGGAUUUAUAUAAUGAUUCCAAGUCUACAGAAGCCAACAGUUCAACAAAAUUGCAGGUCAUUGUACAUCAUUUCCCAAUGUUACUGUGUGCAGUUUCACCAAGGUUCUUUGUUUUUCCUUCAGAAGGGGCAGUUGCAGAAGCAUGCCUGUCAAAUAACCAUGAAAAUUCGCUUAGCCCUGGCCUGCCUUCAAUUUGCAAUGGGGUUACUUCUGACGGUGAGGAUGUUCCUCCAGGAGCAAUUCUGACCGCCCAUUUCCUAUAUAAUCUGGUUGCAAAGAUGGAUUUGAAGAUGGAAGUAUUUUCUCUUGGCGAUACAUCGAAAGUCAUUGGAAAGAUGUUGACAGACAUGUCUGGUCUUUAUGAUGUUGGCCGUCGCAAUCGCAGAUCAGCUGGUUUAUUGCUCAUAGAUCGCACUCUUGAUCUUCUUACGCCUUGCUGCCAUGGAGACUCAUUUCUUGAUAGGAUGCUUUCUUCUUUAUCUCGCAGGGAUGGAGCUAUAUCGGCUAUGAAAAGCUCCCAUUCCUCCAACAGAAAUCUUCCAGCUGAAGCACGGCGUGCUACACUUGAUAUAAGAAUACCUUUUUCAAAGAUUUUAAGCAAUGAAGACUCUAAUAUGUCUAUAUCCAAGCUAGAAGAAAAUGUUAAAGCUUUCAUGUCAGGCUGGAACCCUGAAGAUGUUAAUUCUGAAGGUUCUUAUCUAUCUGAUAAUGCAGGCAAGCUUCAGAACAAUAAGUUCGACAAUGAAUCAUACUCACUGAGUGGAUCCAUUCUGUCCAAUUAUACAGGAGCAAAUUACUUGGAAGACUUACUUGAUAGAAGAACGAAAGAUGGGAUCCUUCUGAUAAAAAAGUGGCUUAUGGAAGCUUUGCAGCGUGAAAAAGUGCCUUUAAAAGGAUUUUUGGCCUCUACUCCCCUUUCAGAGCUUCAUGCCAUGGUUAAAAAACUAGUUCCAGAUCAAAUUUCUCUUGUAAGGAACAGAGGGAUCAUCCGGUUGGCAUUAGCUGCUGAAAUAGCCUUGAGUGAGCCCCAUCGUUCCAGGUGGGAUGCAUUUGUAAGUGCUGAGAGAAUACUAAAUGUUAAUUCACUUGACAAUAGCCAAAGCUUGUCAAGCCAGAUUCGAGAUCUUAUUAAUACUAGCAGUGUAUUGAGAUCUCAUGAAGAUCGUAACAUGGGACCACAGGCAGCUCUUCUCUCUUUCCAAGACGCAUUACUUCUGUCAAUAGUGGGAUAUAUUUUGGCAGGUGAAAACUUUCCAAAAUCUGGUUCUGGCAGUCCUUUUUCAUGGGAGGAAGAACAUUUACUGAAGGAAGCUAUUGUUCAUGUAAUUUUUCAAAAUCCAGAAUUGACAAAGUUGCAAUUCCUUCAUGGUCUGGAGAAGGACCUUGAAGCUAAUGCUAGAAAAGAGGAUUCUGCAAAUGAUGAAGAUGAUUUUGAUGAACAAUGGGGCAGCUGGGAUGAUGAAGAAACUGAUCAUCAGAAUGACCAAGCAUAUGGAGAUAUGCAGCUUAAAUUGGAGCUGCGAGAUAGGGUGGAUCUACUUUUCAAACUAUUUCACAAGUUAUCGGAAUUGAAGUCGAGAACCCCGUCUUUCAUGGAAGGUCCAUUGGCAUCCUCCGCUAGUUAUGGAAACGAUCCUUGCGACAGGAAAGGAUUAAUUUAUAAGCUUCUAACUGCUGUAAUGGCCAAGUAUGAUAUACCUGGGUUAGAAUACCACUCUUCAGCAGUAGGCCGUUUUUUCAAGAGUGGAUUUGGUAGGUUUGGCAUUGGGCAGGCAAAACCAUAUCUUGCAGACCAAAAUGUUCUUCUGUUUUUUGUUGUGGGAGGUGUUAAUUUCCUCGAGAUUCAUGAAGCUAUGGAAGCUAUUUCAGAAAGCAAUAGACCUGACAUGGAAUUACUUAUUGGUGGUACAACUCUAUUAACUCCUGAUGACAUGUAUGACUUAUUAUUGGGAUCUUCUAGCUACAUUUGAUCCCAUUCAAUUUAAAAUGAGAAAUAUAAUUAUAUCUUAGCUCAAUUUCAUUCUGUGAAGAAUUCCUUUUUUUUGAUAUUUACUGGAUUUAAAGCGGAGAGAAUUGAGCUCAUCAUACCCUCUAUUAAUAUUAAUGAGAUUCAGAUA